CCUGUGGGUGGCAUGGGACAACCUCUGCCAGCUAGGAUACGACGAGGACCCCAGCACUCUGUUCCACGAGGAGGCGAUUCUCCUGCAGUUCCAGCAGAUGAGGAGCAGCUUGUCGACCCCAGCUGUCAAGCCUCAAUCUCAACCGUCAGGCCUCAGCCUUGAGAUGCCCGAGGCCGCAACCCCGAUGAGUAUGAGCAAUGCCAACACGAGCAUCAGCGUACAUCCUUCUACUCCUGGAUCCAACGCAGGCGGCAUGAGCACGGUAACGCCAAUCACGCCGUGGGCGAGCUCGAAUCCACAGACGGGAUCCACUCCUGUAUCGGCUCCCACCAACACGAGUGCUCUCGCUGCCAACUUCGCGACUCCUGUACAGACUCAUAUGGACUUCACUCCAGACUCCUCCCUUACCCCUACAGGGAGCGGCCCCCCUCCUCUCCUCUCCAAGGUGACUCAAGGGCUGGUCUUCCAACUCCGAGACUCACAGUUGACCUCCCCCCUUCCCCCUCCCCCCCUCUUUCUGCUCCUCCUUUAUCCCUCCCUGGUGAGUCCCUGUAUGUGUCUUCCUGCUAUCUUACCCUUCUUCUCCUCCUCCUUUCAGACUUUGGGGAUGGGGCGCUGAUGCCCAUGGCCAGGUACCGGUCGACUGAGGCCCUCCAAGCUCUCUCCGAGCUGCCCAAGUGCCACUACAACACCGGAUGGGUCCAAUGCCAGGUUGCCAUCGCCUACUUCAACAUGGCGCAGCAUCUCAAGGAAAGGAGGGCGUGCUGCCUUCUCGGCAGGCUCAAGGGGAUGGAGAUUUACUCCACCGUCCUCUGGUUCCUCAAGCGCGAGCACGACCUCUGUUACCUCGCACAAGAAAUGGUAGCCCUCGACCGUCUUGCCCCACAGACUUGGUGUGUGCUGGGGAACUGCUUCUCUCUGCAGAGAGAGUUCGAGACGGCGAUCAAGUUCUUCCACCGGGCGGUGCAGGUAGACCCGUGCUUCACCUACGCCUACACGCUAGCCGGACACGAGCAUGUGUCCAACGAGGACUUCGACAAGGCGACUAGCGCGUUCAGAGAUGCCGUGAGGUAUGACGACCGACACUACAACGCCUGGUACGGGUUGGGAACCAUCUACCUCAAGCAAGAGAAGUUUCAGCUGGCCGAGUAUCACUUCCGACGAGCGCUCGAGAUCAACCCGAGGAACUCGGUGCUCCACUGCUACCUCGGCAUGGCCCUGCUGUCCUCCUCUUGCUACGACGACGCGAUCGCUGUUCUCAAUCGAGCGAUCAAAAUGGACCCCAACAAUCCCUUGGCAAAGUUAAGAAAGGCAAUCGCUCUCUCGCAGCUGAAUAGGAACGAGGAGGCUCUUGAAGAGCUCAUCUCUCUCCAGCAAAUCGCCCCAAGAGAGAGCACAGUGCUGAUUCAGAUGGGCAAAGUGCAGAAGAAACUUGGGAAGCUACAUGACGCGCUGGCAAGUUUCAACCACGCCUCGGACCUUGACCCUAAGAUGGGAAACAUCAUCAAGGGACACAUCGACAAGCUGCAAAUGGCAGAUCUGCUGGAAGAGGACUCGAUGCUGUAAUGCAAGUGAUGGCAUGGAGACAGAGGGCACGAAAGGAGACUGGGAAAACCUCCCCCUCCCCCGCCUUCCGCGAGUUAGCAUACCAAUCAAUCAAUCAAGUGAAUGAAUCAAGGGUAUACACG